AUGACAAGAUUUUUCUAUUAUUUUGCAUAUGGAAGUAAUUUACUGAAAGAAAGGAUACGGGUUCAGAUAAAAGGCGCUGAAUACGAGUGCAAUGGAAUUUUGAAAGAUUACGUAGUAGACUUUGUAUCAAACGGAAUACGUUGGCACGGUGCUUUGGCAACGAUAAAAUACAAGCAAGGGUCUGAGGUUCAUGGAUGUGUUUGGAGAGUUCCGGAAGAUUUUGCUGAUGAAUUGGACCUGCAAGAGGCUCGUUAUCAUCGGCUGACGGUGCCGAUCCAUUGCCAAGACCGUGUCAUAGACUGUCGAACUUAUCAAUUUUCGGACGAGAACGCUCCUUCGGAAUUGCCUUCACCUCAUUACAAGACUGUUAUUCUAGCCGGCGCUGAAGAGCAUUCAUUGCCU